UCGUAUCUACCUGUCACCUGAUAAAAACUCACUGCUCGAUGGUGGUAACUCCCACUCUAUUGUUUUUUUCAUUGCAUCGUAAAAGAAAAAUUUUCAGUCUAGGCCUAGUUGCUGUCACAACUGUAAAGUGAAACUGGUAGUUCACUAAAGCCAUGAUCAUGCCUGGAGGAGAUUCUUUAUCUGUGCACGGUACUGGCGGUGCAAUUGACGCCAUGGUAACUGCGCUGGUGGACGCAGCUUAUGACAAGAAGCCGGAAGUAAGAAACAUCAUCAGCUCUUCGUUGGUGGACAUAGGCAAACAACAACCAACAAUGGUGCUGAGUUGUUGCCAUGUCUACCUCAAGAAACACAGUAAGCUUCAAAGAGAACAUCGAGUAGUGAUUUUACAGACAAUCGAGAAGGUUAUCGAGGAAACUUUAGAUGCCAUUAAGGCUGGACUAGCUUCUGAGCUAGUUCAGUUAGCUGCUGAGGAAAUGACUGCCACAAAAGAAGUAGAGCCCCAGUGGCAAACAGCAGCAAGUGGCGUGCUAGUGGCGCUUGGUAAAAAGUAUUGUAAUGAGGUAAUGGAGGAGGUUUUAAAGCGAUUUCAACCAGGAGCACUGCCACAUUUUUUCAUUGUACAGACAAUGGCAAAUCUUGCUACUGCCAAUCCAUUUAGCUUUGUACCGUUUUUGACAGCUGUUCUUGGCACCAUGCUGCCGAUGCUGGGGCUAGCGAAACACGAUAACAUGAGAUGGGUGUUUAGUUGUGCAUUAGCACGGUUCAGUGAGAGCAUUUUGCAUUACGUAGCCAAUAUAGAGAAUGCUCCAGACCAGACUGUUAGGAAGGAAUUAUACUCGUCACAGAUCUACUCAGCUUAUAAUAUUGUCUACAAUGUCUGGCUUCAGUCCAAGGAACCUAAGUUGCGGUUAAUGAUUGUAGAGGCUCUUGGUUACAUGUCAAAUAUCCUAGCAGAAGAUAUUUUAGAAGAACAGCUUCCUCGCUUGUUGCCAGGAAUUCUUAAUCUCUACAAGAAGCACCCAGAACCAUACCAUAUAACACAGGGAUUUUGUAUGGUACUUGAUGCUGCAGUGCAAGGUGGAAAUUUGAUGCUUGAACCGCAAGUAGAUUCGAUUGUAAAUACUUUACAUCCACAGGUAUGCAUACAGCCUGACUACAACAGUCCUCCGUCAGUUAAAAAUCACAACGAGCUUCUACGGUGCUUCUCGGUGAUUGCCAAGUCGUUUUCCAACCAGAUUAUAGGCUUUUUACUACAGAAACUAGAAACAAAUAACGAAAAGAUUAGGAUGGGUACUCUAGCUGUUUUUAAGCAACUCAUCAACUCCGGAGGUACACAUAUGGAAGAUAAAAAAACAUUAAUAGUAUCUGGCUUAAAGAUUAUGUUAGCAGAAAACAAUAACAAGGUCAAAAGGUUAUUUGCUCAGGUAGUGAUUGCCAUGGCACCACAUGGUUACUUGGAGCUGGAAGGAGGUCACUUAAUGGUGGAGUUUAUUGUUAAACUCUGCGUAUAUCAGGAACCAAUACCUUUGAAGAAGCCCGAUCCAGAACAUGUGUCGAAUGCUUCUCUGCGACUGAUGUGUGAGAAUGUGCUUCACCUCAUAUCUACCACCAUUGAAUGCAUGGAGUCCGUACUUUGGCCCUACCUGUUGGAGUUCUUGAUACCACCACAAUAUACGACAGCCCUCGGUCCUAUCUGUCGUAACCUUGCUUCAUUGGCAGCAAAAAAACGCGAAGAACAAUCUUUUGACUAUAUGAUAGAUUUUGAGGAACGAACAAACAUUCCAAGGCCGGCAGAAAUUAUUGCUCGUCUUAUGGUGUUAUCUGGUAGACCAGAAGAGUCUAACAACCGAGGGAUUAAUACUCUGAAGUUAAUGCAAGCUCUCUCACCAAACAUUGAAGCAUCCAUUGUUGACUUGUGGGAUACCAUUAUUCCAAAACUUGUACAGUACCUGGAAGAUAAUCUAGAUGAUCCAGAUAAAUGGUCCCAGAAAGCAUGGGAGGAUCUUCUGUUAAAGCUACUUUCUAAAACUUUGGAUGAAGUUGAAGACGAAGAGUGGGUGUGUAACCUUGGAGUUGAAUUUGGUAAACAGGUUUCUCUCUACACUGACAGUCCACGUGAAAAGAAUUUCUUGUACAAAUGUCUAGGUGUUAUUAUGAGGAAAGUUACAAAGAAGGAUUUCGUUAAAAAGCACCUAAAUAUACUGUUCACAACUGUAAAACACACAAACCAAGUUGAACGAGAGGGCUGUGCCAUAGGUCUUGGUUUCUGUGCUUCCUCACAUUUGGAUGAAGCCCUUAGUAAACUAGAGUCAGUUGCCAAGGAAGAUAUGUCUAGAAAAUCAAGUGGCUUUCUGGGCUUGAUAAAGGAUAAAUCAGAAGCUGACGUUGAGAGAAUUAAAAGUACAAUAAUGCUUUGUUAUGGCUACCUGACAUUGUAUGCGCCCCAUGACCUUAUAACCUCCAGGCUGGAUACUAACAUCUUGAGGAACAUACAGCCACACUUCAAUAACAUCAAGGACACAACAGUUAAACAGAAUUUAAUCCUAGCAGUGGAUUUGAUCGGUAAAGCAGUCCAACCGGGACACUUGAGGGCGUCCUAUAGUUUUAGUCGUAAAAUGGAGUUAAUGAAUCACAUGCAGAUGUUUAUGAAAAAAGAGAGUACAAAAGAGCUGACCACCAACACAAGAGCUCUAGCCAUGGACGCUUGUGCAACUUUAGUUAAACUGGACCCAUUACUAACAGAAGCAGAAACAUUUGAAUUAAUCAAGACCAGUACAGACUGUGUGUUUAAACUGCCAAACUGUGUGUACCCUAUAAAAGGAAAAGAUGAAUUAACAACUGAACAAAUUAAAGACAGUGAUGACUUCCUAGAUGGUGCCCAAGGAUCCUUAGUCAAUAUGUUGAAAGAAAUCCUGUCCAAGAAACUAACACCACAAGGCAUACAAGAAAUAUAUAAGCAUUUGCAGCCUUGGAAUGUUUCGGUGGAGAAUCAUGAAAGACAACGAUCCAUGAGAACUACUCUGCAUCUCCUGCAAUUCUAUCAUGAGAAAAUGGCUGAAACUCAGGACAUGGGUGGUAUACAAUUUAAUAACCUUGGCUUACUACUUGGUAGCAUUGUGCCUAGAUGUUCUGAUCCUUGUCUACCAGUCAGAGAGGAUGCAAUUGACUGUAUUCAAGUCAUUUUAAGAAUUUCUCUCCGAUAUGAUGGCCAAGCCAUAGACUAUCAAGAUCCUAUAAUAGAGGCCAUGACUACACUACGAGAUCGUGUUUCCAGGGGUGAUGCACAAGUCUUGUUCAGUGUAGUAAAUGACAUGUCAAAGGCUCUCUCAAAGAAACUGCCAUCCCACCAACUUAAUGAUUUCUUAGCCAAUUUAUACAAUGGUUUGCUGGACAGCCAAAGCCAUUGUUCCAGUGGUGCUUGUGUUGUUAUCAACACCAUCAUGAAAACCAGAGGUCCAGAACUAUUAGUUGAGGUUGGGAAUAUAAUUACUGCUUUACACACAAGUCUGCGUGCCAUCACUUACAGCCAGACAAGGUCUGGAGUCUUUCGUGCAAUCAGGACUCUUGCAUCAAAUCAUCUGUCACCUGUAUUUGAGAAACUCUUGAAUUUCCCUCUACCCUAUGAUGAACAUAUUACAGAAUGUUGGCGGACCUUAGCUGUGGAUCCAGUGCUGGCACAGGCAAUCUUUGACGAAGUCAUCGAUAUACUUAACCGACAAAUUCACUAUGAAGAAAAACGUGAUCAGAAGACACAGAAGGUUUUAAUGAAAGUGGCUAGCUUACUCCCUUUAUCUGCUGUUUGUGCCUUGACAGAAGUAUUCUGUGUACCCGAGUCUGAAGUGAAGGUGGUGGAGAAUUUCCACCGAUUGUUCUCUGCUCUGAUAAUCUAUACAGGAUCAUGCAUUGAUGUCAAACCAGCAAAGUUGUCAGAUAUUGCAGAUGGGAAAGUGUCCAAGGAGAGAAAGGCUCAAAUGAAGUUACUCGCUAUGCUGAAUCCCUCCAGUGUUGCAAUAGAGUCUGUGAGGAAGCUUCUUGAAAGGGCCAACUGUCGCAAAGUCCUUGAGGCUAUAGGAGAGGAAGAGAUGGUAAAUUCAUUGAGAUCGGUUGAUACGCUCCCAGAGGGAAUAACAGAAAUUGCAAGGCAAUUGGUGGAGCACAAUCCAGAGUUCGUAGGUAAGAUAAUGUCCUGUUUGAAUCCAUCACUGGCCAGCCUAUAUGAAAAUCAAAGGAUAGUUGUUGUUGCAUAUUUUGCUGAGCUUAUAAACCAGAAAUGUGCGGGUGACAUGUCAAUGGUUGAAAUGAUAGUAAACAAUUUGUUGGGUCGUCUAGUUGAUGCUAAUCACAUAGUUAGAAUGCUUUGCAUCCGAGGUCUUGGCAACAUUGCAAGUACAGGAGAAGAUCAGGUACAAAAGUACUGCACUACGGUGUUGUCAGCCAUGAUGGCAGGAAUGGACGACAAGGAAGAUCCAGAAGACAACAUCACAUUGGAGUCGAUGUCAGGACUGUCGCGUAUACUGACACAAAUUGAGGAGAGCAGUAUACGGCCAAUCCUGGUAAACAUCACACUCAGGAUACGACCAUGCUUUGAAAAGGAACGAGCAAGUGUGAGGGCAGCAGCAUUCCAAUUGUUCGGUAGCUUGAGUCACUUUGGUGACGGGCCGUCAAAGGCACCAUUCCUUGAGCAAAUUCAUACUAACUUUGUUAGUGUGCUGCUCCAUCUUAACGACGAGGAUUUAGAAGUCAGGAAGUCGUGUAAACAUGCAUUGCGUCAGUUUGGUCCAUUGCUAGGGUCUGAAAGUAUCAACGAGAUGUUCCAGAAACAUCUUAUUGUUGACGGCCAUCUUAACUAUGGCGAGUUUAUGUAUGAUCUUACAAAAGUUAUUAUUGCAGAUUUUAUCCAGAAGAUUAAUUUCUUUGUGAUGGGAAAUGUGUCUUUCUUCCGAAGUAGUUGGCCUGAAAUCCGUAGCAACGCAGCAAUAUUUGUUGGUUUUUUGCUUGGCAACUUACCAAAAGCUCAACACAGCUUAAUAACCAAGGACCAUGUUUGUGGAGCUCUAACAUUACUCUUAAAAGACCCAGUUCCGUCUGUCAGGAUAAAAGCUGCAGAGGCUAUGAGUCUACUGUUUGAAUAUUGAUUACCUAUAAUAUGUCAUCACAUUAUGAAUAUUAAUGAGCAGUUUCAUCAUGAUCUGUACAGCAAUCACUUAUUUAAUUUUCAAUUUGAGUGGAAUCAAGAAUAAUAAAUAUACAGUAUGUUGCCAAUUAGGUUUGAAAUAACUACAGUAUAAAUGACUGUUAUAUAUAGAAUAAAUUUACAAGCUAUGGAUAUAUUCAAAUUACUCUAGCAAAGUCAAGUAAAUAGUAUAUAAUGUUAACAAGUUAUGCAUAAGAUGUCGCCUGAUUUUGUACCAAAAAAGCAGUUCAAAGUUCAUGAUAUCUUGCAUAUUUGCGAUCUUCCUUGGUGGGAAUUAAAAUCAUAAAUAUAAAAAUAUGACAGUAAAUUUUAAAGCCAACUAUAAAAACUUGUCAUCUGGUGCUAAAUGUUCAUUGAAUAUUUACCAAAAGAUAUGAUUAUUGUUUAGCAUUUCAAAAGAUGAUUUUUUUACCUUGUUUAUAUUCCUGUUUUGCAGAAUUGUAGUCUAUUUGUAACUUCAAAUAGAAAAGUGAAAUUAUAUUUACUUUAAAAAGUUUAUUAGUUAAUAUGUGGUACAACACUUGCAUAAUUAGAAAUUUCAAUUAUUGAUUUUGAUUUAUGUAAAUAUUUGUCAGUGAAACUAUAUUUACUUUAAAAAGUUUGUUAGUUAAUAUGUGGUACAAUACUCACAUAAUUAGAAAUUGCAAUUAUUGAUUUUCAUGUAAAUAUAUUUGUCUUACAUUUUUUUUUUUACUCAUUUAUUAGGAUAAAUUUAGUAUUUUUCUGAUAUAUGUUUAUGACCGUAAAGUAAAAUCUAUUAAAUCAUAGGUACUUUUUUAUCAAUAAUUUUAAUAAUUACUUUUCAGCAAUAAUGAUGAUUUAAUCUGUUUCGAUUUAAUGUGAUUUUUAGGAAAGUUUAAAUAUUUUUUGUAAUUCAUUAAAUUUUACAACUCAUGUCAUAACAAAAACAUUACAUAAUAUGAUACUAAAAUGCACACAACACAGUUUUUAGAAGGUUUUGUCUUUCAUUAUACAGUUGAACUUGCCUAAGUCAAAUCCAAAAUGACAUUGAAAAAUUGUUCGACUUAGAUAAAAUUCGACUUAGAUAAAAUUCGACUUAGAUAAAAUUCGACUUAGAGAAUGUUAAAUAAUGGAAAACACAACAAUUUGGCAUGUAAAAUAAGAAAGACUUAGAAAUUAUUCGACUUAGGCAAGUUUAACUUAUAUACUUUCACGUAUUCUGUUGCUUUGUGUACACUAACACUGAAAUACAAAUAGGAAUACGAUAGCAAGUUGCUUAUGGCUUUUGCACAAUAUGCAUUAACUAUUCCUAGUAAGGACAUCCAGUUAAUCUUGGAGGCCUUAUAUGCUAUGUUCUCACACGGCAGCUAACGGUUAGCAGGAUCCGGAGCCUGCUAACCGUUAGUCUAUACGGGAAAAUCCUGAUCCGGAUACCAAGAAUAUGAUGAUCGAAUCACUGGCCAAUAGGAAACUGGAAAUUGUAAACGCGUACGUGUGAUUGGUUGAUGAUAGAAACGCAUUCAACUUGCUAACCGAUAGCGCUUGCUAAUUGUUAGCGGAAUCCUGAUAUUGCUAACGGUUAGCGCUAACCGAUCUGGCAUUCUCACACAGGUGCUAACGGUUAGCUUCCGAUCCGGAUACUAGGGCUCUCUUGAGAACCUGACCUUUAUUAACUAAAAAUUAAUUUAAACUAAACAUUAUCAACUAUGCUUCCAUUCUUAAUUAAAUGGAAUAUAAUCCAAAUAUUGACAGUAGGUUGUGGUUUGGAAAGAUUUCAAGAAUACAAGAAUGGUAAAAAUUUACUGCAUUGUGAAUAUAUAUAUGAAUGAAUGUAUUUUAGAUAAGGAUUGUCUUGAGUUGUCAUGAGUGCCUUAAUCAUGUUGAUCUAGAAAAACAACUCUAUAUGUUAUUGAUAAGUAAUCUUAAGUAUCAUUUAAUUAAUAUGCAUAGUGCAAAGUAAGAAAUCAAAAAAUAUCAAACUCUUUUGAUUCUUUACUUUAGUUUGACCCUUUGUUUGUUGAAUUUGAUCAUUUAUGUUCUUUGUUACAUUCCUUUUAGCUGUGCCUAUUACCAGUUUAUGAUUUUUAUAAGACCAAAUAUUGCGGAGGUGUACCUCAGUGGUUAAAGCUGCACUGGACUUUUAAAGCGAACAUUACAAUGGGUAAAUCUUACUGCUUUCCGCACUUGGAUUUUUUGAGUGGAUUCAUUUUACUGCGAGAAAUGGUAAAACUACCUGAGUGUUCAAAAUCAAAUAUCAAAGGGCAAUAUUCCAUGACCUUCACAUAGGCCAGAAAGGUAUUCCAUUGAGUAACGUUUGAAUAACUUGGGAAGUUUAACUUUUUGGCUUGGUAAAACUAACCUUGUCAGUUUUACUGGACACAGUCCACUCGGUUAAGCUAACUGCUUGUUUUCCUGAGAUGCAAGUGUCCUGGACGCUUAAGGUACUUAGCUUCUCAAACUAAAGCUGGGUUCACAAUAGAUUUUGAACAAGACAAAGGCUACUUUUUAUUUGGCUAAAUCUUGCUGUUGUUUGCACGCAAGAAUGCAGUAAAUUUUACCAAGAAAAAAUCAAUCAAGUUCUUUUUAUCAAAAGGAAAUUACUUGCUCAAAUGUAUUGUACAAUCAUAGUGUGCAUGAUCAUAGUGUGCAGAAAAAGUGAAAUGAAAUUGUUGAUUACGCACAAUACCGCCACUUGGCAUUUCUGCUUGAAAAAACUAUCGUGGGCACAAUUCAAUCUGUUAAAUGCACAGCUUUGGGGUAAUUUUACUAAGGAGAAGUUAAGUUUAUACUGUAUCCCAUCACCUUGUGUAGCUGCAAGUUUUUUUUUUGUUUUUUUUUGCUGUAACAUGUGAAAGAAAUUAUUAUAGUAAUAACAGUCUAGAUUCUGUGUUCAUUGAUGACUACUCUAACCACCUUCCAUCAUUAUGUUUUGAAUGUAUCUUUGUGUAAAGCAUUAUUGUUUUUAUGUAUGUAUUAUAUAUUUUUGGGUGCAAGGUAAACUGAUUGAUUAUAUUUUUGAGGAUGUGUAUUUAUAUCUAAAAUUGGAUUGGUGUCAGUAAAUGUAACAGUGUAUCAGCACUAACUGCAGGAUCACAAAGCCAACAAAUAUAUUGAAGCCAAAUUAUAGUUAACAUAUAAUAUGAAUAAUACAAAGAUCUAUAUGUACUGAAAACAAAGGAACAAAAAUAAGAAUAUUGUUUACAGGUAAAUAAUAUAAAACAUAUGUAGUUUGCAGUAUUGUCAGCUGAAUACAAAGAUUAUAUAACAUACUGCUAUGCAUAUGAGUAUAAUAUUAAAAGGGAAUUUAUGUAUAUCAGUAGCAUAUCAGUAGCAUACAGUUAAUUUGCAUAUGUGUCAUGUGACAGGUGCAUUAACACACUGUAUGAAAGAUCAUGAUCAUGAAUCGGGACGUAAUUAAAUUUGCUAUCCAAGCCUA